AUGUCGAAGCCAACUUUUGUUGAAAAGAAAUCAACAGGCCGUCUUGCUCGCCCUCAACCCAUCGCCAUCACCAACAACUAUGUCGAGGAGAUGUCAAGCUUUCGCCCGACCGUGCCUCCACGCCCAUCGAAGCCUCUACAUCUGAGUCGGGUGCCGUCGCUGUCCGGCUCGCUGGCCCUUCCUCCACCCGUGCCCCCAAAGCCAAAGUGGCUGCGCGCGUCCAACCGCGACGACUCUUGCCUUCGAAGCUCGCCCCUGCCUAGCGCUGCGAUCUGCCGACCUCCGACGCUUGACGAGAUUCUCCGCCGCGAGGUUGUUCGAUGCGAGCCGGUUCGUCAAGAGUCCCAGCCCCGCCCCGGCCGCCACGGUUACCUCUGUCCGCAGUGCAAACGCUGCACUUGCGCCAAAUGCACCGUGCCAAGGAUCGACUUGGAAGCAUCGUGUCACCCUGCGCAACAGGCUGUUGACAGGGUAAGUUGUCUUUGGGCGAUAAAGGCAUGUGCAUAUCAUCUCACCUACGAUGAGGACUCCCAUUUGAAGCGACAGCUGUCAGACACGCCGGCCUCUUGCUCCCAACAGGGCUGUACAUUUCGAUGGAUGCUCUUGGGCGCAGUCACGAUGUUCCUUCCCUGCUUAGUAAUCUAUCCCAUCUACAAAGCUGGGCACUGGGCUGUACAGCGCACGCAAAACGCACUUCUACCUGGCUGUAAAUGUCCGCAUAACUGCAAGUAA